AGGCGAAGCAAAGAUCGUGUGUGCGCUCUCACUUCGCAGUUUCCUCACUCCCCGACGAACAGCGGGCGCUCCGCGGGCCUGAGGGACUUCACCCGCCGACUCAACACGCCCGCCGCCGGACGUCGGUCCGAGUCGGCUGCUUCUGUUUCCGAGAUGCUCCCUGUGCAUGGAUGGAAAAGCUGAGGCUGCCUUCCUGUGUGAUUGCUGUUUACUUGUCCUCGGCAACCACAACUACAACACCAUCACAGACGAGACCACAGUUUUCACAACUGAGAGGAUGAAGGGGAGGAAUCCGGGCACUGGCGUCUGACACAUCUGUCUGCGACGGAGCUCACCAUGAGUUAGAGGACGUCGGACGGCAUCGCCACAUCUGCCCUCCCCAACACCUGGAGACAGCAGCAUCACUCGCCCUGCUUCAUGAGCCAGCAGGAUGCGGCUGAGGUCCUCGCACUCUCCGAGCGCCUCCUCAUAGCUUCGCACAAGGGACAGGCCGACAAUGUCGUCCAGCUUAUCAACAAGGGCGCGAAAGUAGCAGUCACCAAGUAUGGCAGGAGCCCGCUGCACUUGGCCGCCCAUAAAGGCCACCUCGAGGUUGUGCGCAUCCUGCUCAAAGCCGGAUGCGACCUGGACAUCCAGGACGACGGGGAACAGACGUCAUUACACCGGGCGGCUGUGGUGGGGAACAGUGACGUCAUCAGCGCUCUCAUCCAGGAAGGGUGUGCACUGGACAGGCAGGACAAGGAUGGCAACACAGCUCUACAUGAAGUGUCCUGGCACGGCUUCAGUCAGUCCGUCAAACUGCUGGUGAAAGCUGGAGCCAACGUCCACGCAAAAAACAAGGCGGGGAACACCGCUCUCCACCUGGCGUGUCAGAAUGGCCACGCUCAGAGCUCCAAGGUUCUGCUCCUGGGAGGCUCGAGGCCCGACAGCAAGAACCAUUGUGGAGAUACGUGUCUGCAUGUGGCAGCCCGCUACAACCACAUGGCAAUGAUCCGCAUCCUCCUGGGAGCCUUCUGCUCUGUUUCGGAGAAGAACCUGGCUGGGGACACGCCGCUUCACGUGGCAGCUGCUCUGAAUCAUAAGAAAACAGUACGCAUGCUGCUGGAGGCGGGGGGAGACAGCCGCAUCUGCAACACCGCAGGUGAAACGGCUCUGGACAAGGCCAGAGAACAUAACAACCCAGAUGUGGCCCUUCUCCUGACCAGAGCCCCACAGGUGCAGAGCUUUGUGCGUGGCAGGAGUGUGAGGAAGAGGAGAGACAAGCUGAAGGCAGAGGGCAGAGCUCAGUCGGUGCCCCGAGAUGAGAUGCUGCCCUGUAAGGACAGUGCUUCUGCUGCAGACGACACCCAGAGCAGUGACCGGGCCGCCUGCAAAAAAAAUGAUGCUACGGAAGCUAACACCCGGAGGGCGAAGAACAAGAAGCAGAAAGAAAAGCCCGUUCUUUCUGACCCCCUCCGCCGCAGAGAGACCAGGCCCAGCGAAGCCUUGCACAGGAGGAAGGGUAAACUGCGAGGAGUCUCCCCCCAUGCAGCCGUCCCGCCACACAACUUUAAAGCCUAUCAGCUUUACACACUGUACCGCGGCAAGGACGGCAAGGUCAUGCAGGCUCCUCUGAACGGCUGCCGCUGCGAACCUCUCAUCACCAAACUGGAGAACCAGCUGGAGGCCACCAAGGAGGAGAUGAAGACCGAGAUCCACACCGUCCAAGACCUGAUGAACAGCAAGGUGGGCCAGCUAGAGCGCAAGAACAAGCACCAGAUGUUGGCCCUUGACAAGUUGACCGUGGAGCGGGUGUCGGCGGAGAGGAGCGAGUGUCUGCAGAGGAUGGAGCAGCGGGCCCUGCAGGAGCGCCUGGAGGCAGACAAGAGACAGGUGUCUCUGGUGAGUGAACUGAAGAGCUGGUGUCUGUCCAAACUGCAGAACAUGGAGGUUCGCUUCACAGGCGACCCCAGCAGGACCAGGCUGCGGCGCUCCUCCUCCGCGGCCGAGGGCCUGGACAGAGCCGACGACGGAGCGGACGGGGGCGACCUCACCGCGCCGCCUGCUGGAGGCGGAGGCAGCUCAGAGCUCCACAACAGUCCUCCGCGCCUUGAUCCCAGUGCGGCAGAAGGUGGAUCAGCCAACCACUACUUUGUGGUUCAUGUGGACAGCUCUCCAGCCUCUGCACAUUUCCCAGAUGGCGACAAGGCUCAUAAUGCAGAAGUCACCUCCCCUACAGCCAUGAAGCUGCAGCCGCCGUCUGUGCAGGUGGUCCGGCCGAAGGAGCGCCCGGCGAUCUGCGCUGACGUCCAGAGGAAGACCAAGGAGCUGCAGGACGUGGUGAUGGUGGAGUUAGGGGCGAGCAGCGGUAGAGGGCACAGGGCCAGCAGCCUGUCACCAGCCGUAGAGCGCCGCUGCGGCAGCAGGACUGACGGCGGGCUCCGGGACAGGGAGCGAGGCCGGGACAGAGGGAAGCACCGUAAAAAGCCUUCCCAGGGCAGGACUAGUUCCAGAGGGGGGACGGGAUCGGGGGCCAAGAUCCUGGAGGUGUUCGGGGAGCAGCCCGGCGAGGAGCCCUCCUUCGCCCAAGAGCGGGACAACAUGCACGCCCUGGAGGUGACGCAGUACUUCUUUGAGGCGGUGUCGACGCAGAUGGAGCGCUGGUACGAGCGGAAGGUGCAGGAGGCCCGCUGGCAGGCCGGUCAGAGGGCCGAGGCCGACCGGGCCGCGCUGGUCGAGAGGAUCGCCUACCUGGAGGAUGAGCUGCGGCUGCUGAGGACCGACAGACACGAGUGCUGAUGCUUAGCUCUCACCUGUCAUACGGACACUGGACAGAAACCAUAUGCUGAUCCUAUCCUGCUGGUUGCCAUGGCAGCAGUGGGUCGGUGUGUUGAGACGUGUACAUACAGUACUAGAGAAACAGGGGCAGCUCUUGUGCACUGUGUUAUAAAUAAGCCAGUAAAUGUUAAAGCUAGAUGCGAAAAGAUUGAACUAAUGUGCCAUUUAUAGAUCCAUGACUUCACUUCACACACUGUCAACACAGUGCAGCGUGUACACACACACACGUCCGACUUCAUGUGACGUCAUGUCUAAACGUGUCAUCAACACGAGACGUGAGUGGUGCAAUAACGGCCGUGUGCAUGGAGGGAAUCACAGUAUAAUAAGCUCCUUGUUGGUGUCCUGUCAUGUGACUUUAAAGGAACAGCCCACUGUUUAUUUCUGAGAAUGUAGGUGAACUGACACUACAUGAAACCACGAGUGAAGGUUUGUUUUAGAUAGAUACUUUGUACAGAUGCUUGACUCUGCUGCACGGUGUGAUGUGUGGUGAGGCUGGAGUGUGACAACUGAAGAAAUAUUAACUUUGGAGUGUUAAAAUACGAUUAAUGAUAAAGAAAGAAAAAGCAACAAGAGUCUUAAUUAAGGGACAAGAUUUAAAGUUAAAUACAUUAAUACAAUUUUGUUAUCCUAAUUAAAACUCAAAAAUUAGCUAUUAAAUAUAAUUAUUAAAUAUUAAAGAAUAAAUUGAAAUUCCACUCUGUUUUAACAAGGCCUUAAAGGCGCAGUAAGCGAUUACAAAGCAAUACACGUUUUGUAAAAAUCCAUAUUUCCUCACCGUCCGUUAGCUGUCGCUCUCCAAAAUUGCUUACUGCCCCUUUAAUGACCUGCUCCUUGGAGGCUUGUACCUUGUUUGUCUUUGUUGUUAUAUAUUCAUAAAUGUCAAAAUCCAUGGCUCCACUUUGAUAGAUUUGAAUCUAACACCUUAAAGGUGCACUAUUGUUCAGCUGUCUCGACACACUCCAGACUCCAUAGAUCGGACUUUACAAACCUGUGAACUACUUUAACUUCCAAGUAAAACAGUGCUUUCUUAUGAAUAAAGUUUAGUAUAUAAUAUCCAUCCAUCCACCUGCCGUCCAGACAAUAGACACCCAAUGAUGUCAUAGCUAGUGGCCAUAUAUUAACUCUAGUGUCUCAGUAAGAGUGAGUGUUUACAAUCCAAUACAGUGGGAAGGAAACGGUGACACGAACACUACGAAGCGUUCUUCCUGACAACUUCUCAUCCCAGAACUACCUACAAUCUGCUCUCCCACAAUGCACCUGUCCUGCGCAGUCCUGACACUGGAGCUGAACUCGGUCAGAAUGUUCCCAGUCGUGUCACGGUGUUACUGCCUGCUGUACAUUCAAUGUAUUGACUGUUGGUAUAGUUUUUAUAUCCAUGAUGCACUCUGUACGAUGAAGCCAGAAAUACAUAUUUUGUAUUAAAAAAAAACAAUUGUUCUUAA